AAUUUCGGUUGUCUGCUCAAACAGCUGUUCCCUGUUCGUCUUUCACAAGUUUUGACGUCUUAUCAAUUUUUAUAAUUUUAUCAGUUUUUCAUAAAAAUAAUGUCGAAUCAGAGGAAUUUUUAAUCAUUUCAGAGUGCAAUUCUUGAAAAUGGAAGAUUCAGAAGAAUAAAAAAUUUAAUUGAAAAUGUCGGAUGGACCAGGAGAGGACGCGUCAGCUGUAGCUUCUAGGUUACAUAAUUUGCGACUAGGACGCGAAGAAGCAGAUGAGGCGAGAAAUAUGGAGAGCGAAGGUGAAGCCUCUGCUACAGAUUCGCCUCAGAAUAUGCAACCUCCAGGAAACAUAAUGAUGUCCAGGGUUCGACGUGCCCUUACUUUUUCCGUCGACGAGGAACCAAGUACUUCUGCUAACAGGGCUGUAGAAGCUUCCUUCAAUGCCGAAGAGAGACCCCCAGGGAACACAUUAAACGCUCAGCCAGAGUCAAGAUCCCAAAAUGCAAUCCUCGACAAUGGAUUAGCUCGUCGACCCCCAGCGACUUAUAACUGGCAGGGAACUAAAGCCACAAUGCGGGAAAGAUUCGCCUUUCUUUUCAAUAACGAAAUUCUGUCGGACGUGAGAUUUCUCGUAGGAAGGGGAGCCCAGCAACAGUCGAUUCCAGCACACAAGCUUGUCUUGUCUUCCGGAAGUGCCGUUUUUGACGCAAUGUUUAACGGAACUUUGGCCACAGCUUCCGUCGAAAUUGAGGUGCCCGAUGUUGAGCCCGUAACUUUUCUCGCCGUACUUUUAUUCCUCUAUACAGAUGAAAUCCAAAUUGAUCCCGAAACGGUCAUGACCACACUCUACACAGCAAAAAAAUACGCUGUUUCGCCUUUGGAGAAACAUUGCGUGGAUUUCUUGAGGAAUAACUUGACAACUGACAAUGCGUUUUUGCUGCUGGCUCAAGCGCGUCUGUUCGAUGAGCCGCAAUUGGCUGAUGUUUGUUUGGACACGAUUGACAAGUCGACAAAUGAUGCGCUCAAUGCGGAUGGAUUCACUGAUAUUGAUAUCGAAACACUGAUUGUGGUUUUGGAAAGAGACACGCUUAGGGUGAGGGAGUCGAAAAUUUUCCAGGCUGUUGUCAGAUGGUCAGAGGCAGAAUGUGUGAGACAACAACUUCCAGUGACCCCGGAUAAUCAGAGAUCUGUUUUGGGCAGGGCACUUUCCCUUGUGCGAUUUCCUUUAAUGUCAAUGGAGGAAUUUGCAAGUGGAGCAGCACAAUCGGGACUUCUCACUGAUAAAGAGGUGGUGUCGUUAUUUUUGUAUUUUAUCCUAAAUCCAAAACCAAAAGUGGGGUUUGAAGCAAUGCCGCGUUGUCGAAUGAUGGGAAAGGAACAAACAGUUUGCCGAUUUCAACAAACUGAAAGCAGAUGGGGGUAUAAUGGAACGAGCGAUCGAAUCAGAUUCUCCGCUGAUAGGAGAAUAUUUUUAGUCGGUUAUGGAGUUUACGGAAGCAUUCAUGGUCCAGCGGAAUAUGAUGCCGUUAUUGAAUUAAUUCACACAGCAUCCGGAAAAGUGAUAGCCACGAAUUCGACUAGUUUUAGCUGUGAUGGCUCUAAUUAUACUUAUCGACUGAUGUUCAAAGAACCUGUAGAAAUAUUGCCCAAUACAAUUUACACAGCCUCUGCUAAAUUUGAAGGUCCGGAUUCACAUUACGGCCUCAAAGGUCUUCGAAAAGUGACCGUGGAUUGCGAUUCAGGCCAGAGUAAAGUUAAAUUUCAAUUUAACUUCGAGGCUGGAGACAAUAAUGGGACUUGCGUCGAAAGUGGACAAAUUCCUGAAUUAAUAUUCUACACUCUGUAACAAAACCGUCAGAACGCAACAUUCUUGGGAAUAGAGACGAGAAAUCAUUCCGACUCGUUUCCUGAAAAUAAUUUUCUCUAUUCGGUAAAUUCUGUUCUAAAAAAAUAUAUUCAGGAUCAGAGAAACACAGUCUUUAAAGAAAUUCAAAACGUGAUUAGAAAAUGCACCUUAUUUCUGCGAAAUGUAACUCAAAUCGUGUGCGAUGUUUUCAAAUAAUUUUAUAAUCGUACAUACGCAAAACA